GGCGCUUUAUUUUUUAUUACUGAUUGGAUUGCUCGACUGCUUGUCUUCCAUGUCAUUGGCCUAAUCACACCGCACAUCAAAGACGGCCGCGCUCCCAUGACUCGAUCGGCACGGCGGUAGUGUUGCUGCCUGACAGCACUUGCAGUGAGAGACCCGGGUUCGAUCCGAACUAACGGUGCUUGUCUGCUCGGCGUCUGUACGUUCUCCCCGUGACCUGUGUCGUUUUUCUCCGAGAUCUUCGGUUUCCAAAGACUUAAUUGGCUGGGUAUAAGUGUACAUUGUCCCCAGUGUAUGUGUAUUGGGCAGUGUUAAUAUGCGGGGAUCGCACGAACUCGGUGGGCCGAAGACUAAACUAAACUAAUCUGGCCAUCGCUGUUAAGCCCGCCCUCAUCCGCAGCUUGUACAGAACACGCUGGGACGACGUGGCCGGCGUCUGACUGGGGAAGGGCAGCUGUCAAUGAGCUGCGUGUAGGUGUCCGCCUCUCGCCGCUCCCCGCUCCACACGGAUUGCCGCAAACCUCCGGCAAGGGCGUGUGAUACGUUGAACCGUUUCAACUUGGUUGGAACUUGCUGCCUGGCGCGAGCCGCUGGGAAAGUCCGUUGUCAUAGACAAUCCGAAAUUGUGGGCAUCAUCUCGUCUGCUGUGAUUCUAUGGUCCUUAUCCAAAUCAGCGCCCUGGAGGUGCAGACUUUAACUCGACUGUUAACCAAGGCAGCCAUUUAUUGUCGGACAGAAAUCUUUAAACCUUGGGCUGGUGACGUUUUAUCGUUUUUUAAUAUUUGUUCUACGUAACCAUUUCCCGCCCCCCCGCGCAUACACAUCGCCUCCCUGCGUGACCCCCAUACCGUGGAAAGAAAAUGGAGGCCAAAGCUUUAUGCAAAGGAGACGGAGCUUGUAACGCAGUGGCCCCGGAACCUCAUCGGCUACGUGGUAUUGGGAACAGGGAGCACUCCAGGAAUUCUAGGCCUCGAGGGGAAAGACCCAACAUCAACAAUGAGGAAUACGAGGACUCCGAGGCUGAGCAGUAUAGGGAUGGUCGGAGUGAGGAAGUGAACUGGGAGGCCAAGGUUCAAGCGUAUGCUUGGUGCAAGGAGUUUCUUGCGGGAUCCUGGAAGUUCAUUACUGUGGAUGAGUUUCAGAUCUCAAUCGUCAGUGGAGGCCUCAGUAACCUCUUGUAUCUCUGCACACUGCCAGAUCAUGUGCUGAGUGUGGGCGAUGAACCUCGCCAGGUACUGCUGCGGGUUUAUGGCGCCAUCCUGCAGGUAAGUGGCAAAACCAUUUAAACUCUUGGACUAUUU